UCAGGUGGUCUCCUUCGGCCCUUACCAUCACGGCCAAACAUCAUCUCAUCCAAAUGGAGGAGCAUAAGCAACGAGCACUCCUCCAUUUCCUCAAGGGAUCAAACAAGCCUUUGGAUUUGUACCUCAAUUCUUUGGCUGAAGUGGUUCAAGAUCUCAAAGAUUCUUACAAUCCACUCCCCACACAAUGGCAAGACGCCAACAAGGUUCUGCAGCUGAUGAUUGUCGAUGGAUGUUUCAUGCUCGAAAUUUUACGCUUUGUUGCUCAUAACUUGGAUGACUAUGCUGACAAUGACCCCAUUUUCAGCUAUCAUGGGAAGCUCUAUAUCAUGCCUUUUAUCAAGCGUGAUAUGUUAAUGCUUGAAAAUCAAUUGCCAAUGUUGCUCCUCGAGAAGCUAGUUACGAUUGAUCUCAAUAAAACCAAGGACGAUGAGCUUCUUUACAAGCUUGUACUCAAAUUCUGCUCUCCCAUCCCCGCCACGUCUAUCUCCAGUAUGGGAAAAUGCUUGCAUGUUCUGGAUGUCUACAGAAAGAGUCUACUUUAUCAGGAAAAACCUGGAAGAACCAACCAACGCAAGUUCCAGGCUUCGCACCAUAAAGACAGUGAUGAUAUCAUUCGUUCAGCAACUGAGCUUAACGAAGCAGGAAUCCGAUUCAAGAAAAGCAAAACAGCCAGCCUCAAAGACAUUAGAUUCAAGGGCGGCGUCCUUCAGCUUCCAACGAUGAUUGUGGAUGAUGCAACAGAGUCCAUGUUUCUUAAUCUAAUAGAAUUUGAACGUUUCCAUGUUGGGGUAGGGAAUGAAGUGACAUCCUACAUAUUUUUUAUGGACAACAUCAUUGACAAUGAGAGAGAUGUUGCGCUGCCGCAUUCCAGAGGGAUCAUCCAGAAUGCCAUAGGAAGUGACAAAGCAUUGGCAAAACUGUUCAACUCGCUCUCUAAGGAUACAACAGUUGACCCGAGGAGCAGCCUGAAUCAGGUGCAUAUGGAAGUCACUAGGUACUGCAAGAAAGCUUGUAAUGAAUGGCGUGCCAAUCUCAUUCAUACCUACUUCCGCAACCCGUGGGCGUUCCUCUCCCUAUUUGCUGCCAUCUUCCUUUUUGCCCUGACUAUUGCGCAAACUAUAUAUACUAUUUAUCCUUACUACCAUGAAGCAAAUUCAACUUCGGAGCUACCUCCACCCCAUCCACUCCCAACCCCAUUUCAUACACCACCCCAUCCACUUCACCAUUGAUUCCUAUCCCACCUAAACUCAUGACACCUCAAUUGCAAGUUUUUGUAUCGUUUUUCAUUUUCAUUUGUUUCACUUGAUUAUCAUUGUCUGUUUGAUCACAUUAAAUUUUGGUUUUACAAACUUCUUAAAGAACUUUUCCCUUGAGAUGUGUCAUGCUUAUGUACGUUCUGUGGAAAUUUAAUAGGUGAGUUUCAAAACAAAAUUUGCCUUCGACCUAUAAUCAAAUCGGUUGGUUAGCGUGGUAUGUUGUAGCUUUGAUAUUUUAAUAAAUAAAAAUCCUAUCA